AUGGAGCUGACCAUCCCGCCGCCGCUCGUGGCCCUGUGCCUGCUGCUCGCCAUCACUGGCCCGGCGAAUGCGGCCAUGGCCACGCCGGCGGAGGGGCUCGAGACGGAGCGCACGUCCUCCUACAUUGUGCACGUCGCGCCGGCGCGCGCGCCCCGGCUGCCGCGGCGCGGCCUGCUGGCCACCCGGCCAUACGGCUCCUUCCUGCGCGACCACGUCCCCGUGGAGAUCUCCCGCCCGGCGCCGAGGGUGCUCUACUCCUACGCGCACGCCGCCACGGGCUUCGCGGCGCGGCUCACGCCCCGCCAGGCCACGCGCCUCGCGUCCUCGGUCUCCGUGCUCGCCGUCGUGCCCGACGCCAUGCAGGAGCUGCACACCACCCUCACGCCCUCCUUCCUCGGGCUCUCGGAGUCGUCCGGGCUGCUCCCGGCGUCCAACGACGCCGUAGACGUCGUCAUCGGCGUCAUCGACACCGGCGUGUACCCGCUCGGCCGCGCGUCCUUCGCCGCGGACCCGUCGCUGCCGCCGCCACCCCGGACGUUCCGCGGCGGCUGCGUGUCCACUCCGGAGUUCAACGCUUCCGCCUACUGCAACGGCAAGCUCGUCGGCGCCAAGUUCUUCCGCAAGGGCCACGAGGCUGCGCGCGGUCGCCGUGCGGUUGGCGAGACGGUGUCCUUGUCGCCGCUCGACACCGAAGGCCAUGGCACGCACAUUGCCUCCACCGCCGCCGGCUCUGCCGGGCCGGAUGCGUCCUUCUACGGCUACGGCGAGGGAAGAGCCGUCGGCGCGGCGCCGGGCGCGCGCAUCGCCGUCUACAAAGCGUGCUGGCAAGGGUGCGCGAGCUCCGACGUCCUCGCCGCGUUCGACGAGGCCAUAGCGGACGGCGUCGACGUCAUUUCUGCUUCGCUCGGCACCAGGAAGGCACGCAAGUUCUACAAAGACACCACCGCAGUAGGCGCGUUCCAUGCUGUCAGAAAGGGCAUCGUCGUCUCCGCCUCCGCGGGGAACUCCGGCCCCGUCGAAUCCACCGUCGUCAACGUUGCGCCGUGGUUCUUGACCGUCGGCGCGUCCACCAUCGACCGCCAAUUCCCUGCCGUCGUCGUUCUCGGCAAUGGCGAGACCUUCACGGGUACCUCGUUGUACACCGGCAAGCCGCUUGGGGCGACAAAGCUACCACUGGUGUACGGCGGAAACGUGGGCUCUAAAACCUGUGAAGUCGGGAAGCUCAACCCCACCAUGGUCGCCGGGAAGAUUGUUUUGUGCGACCCCGGAGUGAAUGGGCGGACAGAGAAAGGAUACGCAGUCAAACUCGCCGGUGGCGCCGGAGCGGUGCUCGGUAGCGAGGAAGCACAGGGCGGGCAGGCCAGAACCAGCGCCCAUAUCCUCCCCGCCAGUGCCGUCACAUUUGCCGCUGCCGAGAAGAUCAAGAAAUACUUAAGCACGCAAGCAUACCCCGUCGGGACGAUCGUGUUCCGCGGCACCGUCGUCGGGCGGUCGCCACCUUCGCCUAGAAUGGCAUCCUUCUCCAGCCGCGGCCCGAGCCGCCUUGUCCCGGAGAUCCUCAAGCCGGACGUCACCGCCCCCGGCGUGGACAUACUGGCCGCUUGGACAGGCGCCGUCUCGCCCUCGCUGCUCGACGGCGACAUGAGGCGGGUGCAGUAUAACAUCAUGUCAGGCACCUCGAUAUCGUGCCCACUGGUGAGCGGCAUCGCCGCGCUGCUCCGACAGGCGAGGCCGAAGUGGAGCCCGGCGGCGAUCAAGUCUGCCCUGAUGACCACCGCGUACAACGUGGACAGCGCCGGCGGCGUCGUCGAGGACAUGUCCACCGGCAAGGCGUCCACGCCGUUCGCGCGCGGGGCAGGGCACGUGGACCCCAACCGCGCCGCCGAUCCAGGCCUGGUGUACGACGCCGGCACGGAGGACUACAUCACCUUCCUGUGCGCGCUCGGCUACACCACCGAGCAGAUGGCCGUGUUCAGCGCGGGGACCAACUGCUCGACGCGGGUGGGCGCCGCCGCCGCGGGGGACCUCAAUUACCCGGCCUUCUCGGCGUUGUUCGGCCCGGACAAACGCGCGAUCACGCAGCACCGCGUCGUGAGGAACGUCGGCAGCAACGCCAGGGCUACGUACAGGCCAAAGAUCACCAGCCCCGCCGGCGUGCAUGUGACGGUGAAGCCGCGGAAGCUGCAGUUCAGCGCGACGCAGGGGACGCAGGAGUACGCGAUCACCUUCGCGCAGCGAACCUUUGGGAACGUCACGGAGAAGCACACGUUCGGGUCGAUCGAGUGGAGCGACGGCAAGCACUCGGUGACGAGCCCCAUCACCAUCACUUGGCCGGCGAGCCAGGUUGCGGACAUGUGA